ACGUCUGGUAUGCGGAAAACCCUGAAACUUAAAGCGCAACAUCUCAUAUUAACAUGCAAACUAACUGCAUAAUAUUCUUUAGUUCAUUUUGCACCGUUGUUAUAUCUUAAAUAAAAGCACUAUUACUGUUUUAGCAAUAAUAUUAGCCACUAAUAUUUGCAUUCGCUUUACCCCACCUACCUAUAUCCUUUUACCUUCUCGAGACCCUGGUUUUUGCGCAUGCGUAGUGCUCACGAUUCCCAGCGCCCGCUGGAGCGCGUUGUUUUGGUGACGUAUUUCCGUUCUGAUAAAAGCGCGCUUUAGUUUGAAUUCUCCGUGAGACCCAUGGCUGGAGAAGGAAGAUACGGUUUGAGAAACACAACGUACACUGCCGAAAGCAUGACAGACGAAGAGCCGACCAUGACAGAGUUUGAGCCGGGCGAUAAAGGAAUGAAAGACGAUGGCAGCGACCCUCCCGUGGUGUUUCAGUGUGCUCGUUGUAGACUCCCUAUUGGUGACUCGUUGUCUUGGGCCGGAAGUGAAGAUGAGCAAAACCAAAUACUGCUGAAACGUACAACAGACAACGUUGUCAUUAGCAGUGAGCCGUACGUCUCGCGAACACAGGUGGAAUUAGGCAGCCUUGUGGUAAACAUUUCAUGUCGGGGCUGCUCUGCUGGGCUUGGCAGAGUUUACACAUCCACUCCCAAGAGCCUUGACUACAAGAGAUCUCUGUUCUGCCUUGAUGUGGGAACUGUUGAUUGCUAUAUUUUAGGAUCCUCCAACCAGACAAUGCUGUUGGACCCUGAGGAAUCCCCUGUAACUCUGGAGUAUAGAGAGGCUGUGGACUUUCAGAUUACGCAGAUCAAAGCUUUGACACUGUCGGUAGGACAAAGGCUUAUGGAGAUCGAAGCUCAGCUUCAAGACAAGAAGUAAUCAGACCAGAAUGGAUAGCGCUGGUCAUACUGUGGACAUAAACAUGUGUGGUGAACUAUAGUCGAAAGACAAGCCAGCAUUAAAAAAAUAAAUAAAUGUUAAAAUCUGAGGUUAAAAAAAAUGCAUUUGCUGUUUUAUUUUUACUUCAGAUUUUAGCUAAAUCUUUUUGUAAAGAAAUAAACCUUGUUAAGGAAAAGUCAGAUUAGAUAGAAUAUAUGUAUCUGUAUUGUUCUUUGUAUGAUCAAGUACAAAGGAUUAUGAGCAAAAUAAGUGUUUUUCUUAAGUGUUUUUCAAUAAAAUCCAAACUGUAUGGA